AUGACAGCGUCAACAUCAACACCGUAUGACAUACUUGGAGCGAAACAAACUGAUAAUGAUUAUCAAUUACGUGUAGCAUAUUAUGCACGAAUUCAUGAAUACAAAAAAGAUCGACUUCAAAACCCUAGUACUCGUAAAUAUACGCCUGAAAAAUUUCGCCUUGUUUGUCGUGCUUAUGAAACAUUAUCUGACCAUGAUAAACGUAGAAAAUAUGAUCAAAAUGGAGAAUGGAUAAAUAAUAUAUCUUUAGACAAAUAUACACUACAACAAUUAGCUGCUGAACCUGAACUUGCAAGCGAAUUAAAAACUCGUUUACAAAAUGCUACACUAAGAGACAUAAAUGCACAAGAUCCACAAACAGGACACACUGCACUUUAUUGUGCAGCACGUGCUUGUAACGUAGAGGCUGUUUACUAUUUAACAGAACAAGGAGCUGAGCCUGAUCUCGCACAGAGAACUGGAAGUACAGCUCUGCACGUAAGUGCUUUUUACGGACAUCCAGAAAUAGUUCGAUGUUUAUUGGAAAGUGGAGCUGAUUAUCGAAAAAAAAAUCGUGGUGAUAAGACAGCUGAAGAUGAAUCUAGGGAUGUUAAUGUAAUACGAAUGUUUACCGAUUUGAAAAACACUCCUUUUGCACAAGCAGCUGCAGAUCAACUUGAUUGGUUUAAACAUAAUAUUAAUAAUAUUACGCAACAUAUUGAUGAACAAUAUUAUGUACAACGACAAACAUUACUUCAUUGUGCUAGUAAGAAAGGUUACAUAGAUCUUGUUCGUUGGUUAGUCAAUGAACGCAAAGCCAAUUUAGAUAUUGUUGAUAUUAAUUUAAAUUCAGCUUUACAUCUUGCUGCUUAUGAUGGACAUAAAUCUGUUGUUGAAUUUCUUCUCAAUCAAGGUUCUAAUCCACUUUUACUAAAUAAAUGGUGUAUGACAGCUGAACAAGAAGGCAUGAUUCAUGGAAGUACUAUUAGAGAUCUCUUUCAAACGAUGCGUAAACGAGAUAUGUUUGAAAUGGCUGCAAAAGGUAUUGAUUGGUGGUUUGAAUACUAUUUUGGUGAUAAAUCACCAGAUACAACUAAUGGUAAUGGUAUAAAUUUAUUGUAUGUUGCGUGCCGCAACGGUCAAACAUCAGUUGCACAAUGGCUUUUAGAAAAAGGAGCUAAUGUUAAUAUAAAACUUUUAAAAGAAUCGGAAAGUACACCAUUACAUGGAGCUGUGUAUCAUGGGCAUGUUUCAACAGUCGAAUUAUUAUUAAGCUACGGAGCUGAUGUAAAUAUAAAAAAUAAAGAUGGUUUCACUGCUACUGAUGUUGUACAAGUAGAUGAAGUUAAAGAUGGUUUGACUACUGUGAAUGAUGCACGAAUAGAUGAAGUAAAACAACUUUUAAUACAAUAUAGAGUAAACGUAGAUGAAAAUAAAUUUUUUUCCGUACAUUUAUAUGAUGAUGGCACAGAAUCUGGUAAUGAACUAUUAGCAAAAUUACAAUUACAUUAUGAUGCUACAUAUAAUGAUUUGGUAAAAGCAAUGCCUGAUUCAAUCCGAGAUAAAUAUCCAAAUUUUUCUAUCGCUCGACGUCCAUUAAAUUUUGAAGACGGUCCUACAACAGUUCUAUCAGCUGUAUGUCGUGCUCGAUAUGGAAAAUCAAAAUUUGUCCAAUUACCACUAUGUAUAACAGCACAUGAAAGAGCACGCUAUACACAUAGUGGCCACGUUCUUGGUGAAGUACUUCCUAAUUAUCAUAUGCGUGAGGUUGAUAGUAAAUUUAGCGCAAAACGUCAAAAGUCAUCAAUGAAAAUUCGUGGUAAAAUGAAUGAAAAUCAACCAUUUACAUUUGGAAAUCUAUCGUUUACUUUUCCAAAUCAUUGUACUGAUCAAGAUGUUUCAAUUAAUAUUGAGUAUAUCAUAUCACCAGAUUUUGACUUAUUCAAGUUAUCAGAAUGUAUUUGUGUUUUUAAAACAAAAUAUCAUGAUGAAAACACUAAGCUAAAUGAUAUGCCAAUAGUAUCAUUUGUUGGUGAACCAAAUGCUCGACUAUAUAAUUGGGUUCAACCAUCAUCUUAUUGGUAUUCUUAUAGAACACGACAAACACGUUUAUUUACAAUCGGUGAAACAUAUGCUUUUGUUCGUUAUAUUGAUAUAAUUCCUUCUCUAUUAAGUCUUCCACCAGAUAUGUUUAUUAAGGCUACUAUUGGAAAACUAUUUGAAGAUCGCAGUAAACCUGUUUCUUGUCGAUGUUUAAAAGUUCGUGAACACAAUAAAAAAGACUUUCCUCAUAUUGCAUAUCAUGGAACAAAUGUAAAAGCUAUAGAAUCAAUUCUUAUGGAUGGACUUGUUAUGCCAAGUACUGUAGUCUCAUCUGGAUUACGUAUUUGUCCACCAAGCAAUCAUAUUGCUCGACAACAAACAGCUUUUGGUAUUCCUGAUUUUUCAAAUGGAAUAUUUGUAACACCAAGUAUACACUAUUGUUCAGAUCCAGCAUAUGCAGUCACAUUUACAUAUAAUGAUGAAUGUCUUAUACCUGUGUUAGAAUGCAGUGUAAAAGAUGGUUCAUUCGAGAGUUUUAAAUGUACUGUACCAGGUUAUGUUGCUCAUCCAGAUGAUGAUAUGAAUACAAUUGAAUGGCGUCUGACAAAUCCAGCAGACAUUAUGAUUAUAUCUAUACUUUUUAUUCCUAUGAUAAAAUCAAAAGCUGAAGCAGCGCGAUUGAGAGCGAAAAAAAUCGGUAUUGAUCCAAAGUGCUAA